AGCAGUCGUCAGCUGUUCGACAGAUUGAGCUUGUGAAGGAACGCAUUCGGAAUCUAAAUAAUUUUGCUGAAAGAAAAUCAUUACAGUUUUACUGAAACGUUCUGUGUUGAAACGUGACUAUACAGUGUAUCGAAAAAAAAACAUUUCUGUCGUCCAUUGGAUCAGUGAAUCAGUGCUGUGAAAACAAAAACGCACGAGAUCAAUUUUGAAUUUAGAAUUCGAGAUUUUGACCAUACCCCCCAGACAUGCACGCCUAGACCACCAACCAAAAAUGACCAGCCCAUUCCGAAGGAAAUACACAACCAACAUAUUCCUAAACACAUAAACACUAGACUUUGCCAAAAACUCCAGUGAGAUAGUGUAAUAGUUCCUUUUAAGUGAUAUUAGUGAUAGUGAAGUGCCAUUAGUGAAUAAUUAAUAAAGUAAAUAUGAAUUUGUGGUGGUUGGUGGUCGUGCUGGCCGCGGCGAGCGCGGAUCGGAGUACUCUACCCCCGACUUGUGAUAGUGUAAUAUACUGCCAUGGCCCGCUGCUGGACACGGUGCAGAUGGCCGGCCUGUACAACGACUCCAAGACCUUCGUGGAUAUGAAGAUCAAGGUCUCGGCCAACAUCACCAUGGAACACUUCCAGGAGAUGAUGAACAAGACAGGCUCGCGGCCGACCAAAGCGGACAUCAUGGAGUUCGUCAUCCAGAACUUCGAUCCUGAGGGCUCGGAGUUCGAGAAGUGGAUCCCGCCGGACUGGCAUGAUGACCCUGCCUUUCUGAGGCUGAUCAAAGACCCUCAGCUCAUGGAGUGGGGGCGGGAGCUCCAUCAGCUCUGGCUGCAGCUGGGCCGGAAGAUGAAGCAGGACGUCAAGGAGAACCAGGACCUUUACUCGAUCAUCUACGUGGACCACCCUGUGAUAGUCCCUGGCGGCAGGUUCCGCGAGUUCUACUACUGGGAUUCCUACUGGAUAAUCAAGGGUCUGUUGCUGUCAGAAAUGAGGUCCACGGCCAGAGGAAUGAUAUCCAACUUUCUGGACAUCGUGGAUAGAAUAGGGUUCAUACCUAAUGGCGGCAGAAUAUAUUAUGUUAUGAGAUCUCAGCCCCCGCUCCUGAUCCCGAUGGUCCAGCUGGUGAUGCAGGAGUCGUUCGACGAGGAGUUCCUCCGCCAGCACAUCCACACCCUGGACAAGGAGUUUGACUUCUGGAUGACCAACCACACUGUCGAGGUCGAGCAUAAGAACCACAAAUAUAAGUUGUUACGGUAUAAUGAUAUGUCGCAAGGACCAAGGCCGGAAAGUUACAAAGAAGACAUCGAUGUCGCCAGAAACUUGGAUACCCUGGACAAGAAGGAAGAGUUGUACGCGGAGCUAAAAGCGGCCGCUGAAUCUGGCUGGGACUUCUCAUCGCGUUGGUUCAUCCUCAACGGAACCAAUAAAGGCAAUCUGACGAAUCUCAAAACGCGCUCCAUCAUCCCCGUGGACCUGAACGCGAUCAUGUGCUGGAACGCCGAGAUCAUGCACGACUUCUACGCGAAACUCGGCAACGUUGACAAGGCCGAGUAUUACAAGAAUGUGCAUGCGAGACUCAUGGAAGCCAUUGAUAAGAUCCUUUGGCAUGAAGACGUCGGCGUGUGGUUAGACUUCAACCUGGAGUCCGGGCGGCGAAGAGACUACUUCUACCCGUCCAAUGUCGCCCCGCUCUGGACCGGCAGUUACGACCGAGCGAGGAGUGAAUACUACGUUAAUAGAGUCAUCAAUUAUCUAGAUAUUAGCAAGGUGGAUAUCUACGAAGGCGGUAUACCCACAACAUUCGAGCACUCUGGCGAGCAGUGGGACUACCCCAACGCAUGGCCGCCGCUCCAGUACAUCAUGGUGGAGGGUCUGGCCAGCACGGGCCAGUCGGCCGCCGUGAGGCUGGCCAACGAGAUGGCCACCAAGUGGGUCCGGUCCAACUUCGCCGUUUGGAAGCAAAAGACGGCCAUGUUGGAAAAGUACGACGCGACAGUUUUCGGAGGCUACGGCGGCGGCGGCGAGUACGAACUUCAGACCGGAUUCGGUUGGACGAACGGAGUCAUCAUGUCGCUGCUCACUAAAUAUGGAGACAAAUUAUCGGCGUCGGACGCGUUCGGCACCGGCGGCGACGCCGAGUCGGCGGCGGUGGCGGCGCACGUCGGCGCGGGCGGCGUGGCCACUGCGCUGCUGGUUGUGGUGGCGUCGUUAGCCGCUGGGACGUUAGGAAUCAUGAUGUACCGAAAGCGUCGAGAGUACCAACCGCUGUCAACCAUCGGGGAGAACGUUAAAUUCCUGUCCCGGCCCUACACGGAGCUUCGCAGUAUGAACGGCACCAAGACCAGACUACGGUGAAUCUGUAUAUAGUAUCUAUCGACAAUUAUAUCGUAUGCCACUCAACACUAGCGUCGUCAGCGUCUAGUCAACUCUAUGGCUGCUGCUCGACGCAACGUUGGCGCGACUGCGCAGCGACGCCAUUUUGCAUAGCGCUGACUAGACGCCGACGCUCGACAGACGCUAG